CUAAUAGCAUUAAUUUUGAUAGAUUAUGUGUCUUAGAUUUUAUGCAGAAUUUCUGUACAUUUUCUUUUUUAUAAUAGGUCCUGCCAAAAUUUUUCUUUUAAGUUAUUGGCCGGCUCCUCAAAAAGUUUGCCCAUCACUGGACUAGAGUACAGUAUUAUAUUAUAUUUGUAAAAUACUAAUGACUGAUUGAUCAGGAGACCUCUUUAACUGUCUUAAUGAUCAGCAUGAAAUUUUGUACACAAGUUUCUUUCACCCCUAGAACUGGUUUUGACAAUUUGGCAAUUUAAAUCACAUUUAUAUAUUCUUAGAAACUACUUUAAAAAGUAGAAAAUGGAACACGCAAUUUUUAUGAGUCAGUAUUAAAAAACCUAUGUCUAUUUUAUAAGCUUUUAAAAUGAAACAUAAACCUAAAAAGAUUUUAAACAUCAUACAAUUUCAGAUUCUGUGUAUUUGAUGACUGACAAAGAUUUAACCAUGAAUGUUGACAAAGUUGUUGCUGUUGAAAAUACCAGUACUUUGAAAAUUGAAGGUGAUAAUUCAGAAAAUAUUGAAGUAAAACUUAUUUAUAAUGAAGAAAGUAACAGCUAUGAGUUACAGAUUUCAGAUCUCAUUGGUCAAAUGGCUCCAGACACAGAGCUGAUUAUUAUUAGUGAGGUAGAGGAUAAUCAAAUAGAUGAACAUAAGGGCAUCACUUAUAUUGAUGCUAGAGAUUUGUCCUCCUUAGGUAAUGUUGUUCUCAAUAAAAAUGUGAAGCAAACUGAUGGUGCUUGCAAUACAACUAUUGUAUAUACUUCUGAAAACAUCAAACAGGAAGACAUUCAGGCAGAAGAUAUUAAUCAGGAAAUACUAUAUCAAAUAUCUGAAAGUAAAAAAAUACCUCAUUCUAAAAAUGAAGAAAUAGACAUUAAACCAAAUUUAAGUAAAAUUGAACCAGUUUUGUUCAUAGAUAAUAGCGACAACUCAAAAAGUGGACAAAAACCAGAGACAAUUGAAGUCAAAGUGUUUGUAUGUGAGCAUUGUGUGGAGACAUUCACCUCUAGUGCAGACUUAGUCAAUCACAAGUUGUCAGCUCACAAGUCUCUUAUUGAAUGUGAAAUAUGUAAUAAGCAAUUCUUGGAUUCUAAUGUCUUUAAAGCUCACAUGCUUCUCCAUGCAAUGAAGAAAAAUUUCAAGUGUGAAACUUGCAACAAAAUAUUUACUCAGAAGGGUCUUUUUAAUAAACAUCAGCUACUCCAUUCUAGUAAAAAACCUUCAGUCUGUGAAACUUGUGGCAAGACUUUCUCUAACCAUGGAUACUUAAUAAAACACCAACAAAUACAUAUUGCUGGAGAGAAACAGUUUCAAUGUGAACAUUGCAGUAAAGUUUUUCUUCAUGAAGCUUACUUAAAGAAACACAUAUUAGUACAUACUGGGGAUAAGCCCUUUGAAUGUGAAACUUGCCAUGCAACCUUUGCACAGAAACAUCUUCUGGAAGCUCACACUUUAAAGCACACUGGUACAAAACCUUUUGCUUGUGAUCUUUGUAGUAAGACAUUCUGUCAGAAACGUACCUUAGAUAAACAUUUGGCCUUACACCAUGAAGAACUAAAAAAGAUUGAUUGUGACACUGUUCCAACACCAUCCAAUGAAGUUGUCAAUACUGCUGACAACCCUUCAAAUGAAAUUAAAACUGAAGAAACCCCAUCCAGUGAAUCUAAAACUGAUGAAACCUCAUCAGUGGAAGCCAUUAAAGUUACUAUUAAAAAAAAGGAUCCAGAUUUAACCAGUGAAAAUAAUUAUGUGUGUGAAAUAUGUAACAAAAGCUUUUCCUAUAAAGGUAGUUGGAAGACCCACAAAGUCAUUCAUUUAAAGGAGAAGCCUUAUUCCUGUGAUGUUUGUCAUAAAACAUUUUCGUUUAAAGGGAAUCUAAAGACCCAUAAAGCUAUACAUCUUGAAGAUAGGCCUUACAAAUGUGGUCUGUGUUCUAAGGCAUUUGCCCAAUCUGGUGAGCUUAAGCGUCAUUUACUCAUGCAUACAGGAGAGAAACCAUAUCUCUGUGACAUAUGCAGUAAAGCAUUUUCCCAUGGCAGCUAUUUAAAAAAACACAAGCUAGUUCAUAGAGAUGAAAAGCCUUUUAAAUGUGAAUGCUGUACCAAAGUCUUUUCUCGUCAAGGUUACCUGAAAGAUCAUAUGCUGGUUCAUACUGGAGAGAAAAAAUUUAAAUGUGAAUGUGGUAAAGCCUUCUCUCGUAGUGGAUACCUUAAGAGACACAGAGUCUUACAUAAUGGACAUAUUGCUGAUGAUAACGGUAUGAUACAAGAACUAUAGGAUACACAACAUCCGUUUAUUCUUAUUACAUGUUGAUGAACAUUACUUUUCGUAUUUUCUUGCUAAAAUUGAUUCCAUUAAAUCUGACUGCCUAGACUUUUGUCUUGAUGGUUCUGUGUUUGAACUCUGCCUGCCACCAUACCCCACAAUCCUGAUGGAGUUUUGGGAAAGAAAGUAAUAAUUCUCAGUUCUGAAGGAACAUCCAAAGAGUGUAAAACAGACAAAAAAAAAACAACAACAAUCCCAUCAACUUUGACAAGAUGCACAAGUUUAAAGUGGAGUGAUAGAUACUUAAGACUACUGGCUACAAAAUAGCAGUCAGCCAUCAUCUCAACUUUCUGAUGAGACUGGAAAAAUUCUAAUUCAUAUUGGCAGUUAUAUUGUGGAAAUGGUUGUCAUAUAUAUUCUAUACAUGCAUGCUUUGUUCAUGAUAAAUUGAAUCUGUAACUGUGGCUAAAUUGGAAUUGGUCCAACUUUUAAGCUCAUGUAGUAAUAUGAUAUUAGACUUUACUUAAUUAUAUGAAUAUAUAUAUGUCACUUUUUUUUUGUAAUAAUUGAGAUGUCACACAAACUCACUUUGUUAACCUGGAAGCCACCCUAUUGCUGUCAUUAAUUCUUUCUCUCCAUAAUAUUUUCCGCAGCCCAAUAGAAUUAUUGAUUUUGUAGCUCACAACCAUGUUAUGAUUAAACUUGCUUUUUUUUUUUUUUUUUUGUUCAGAAUAUAUGAACACAUUGAAAAUGCUUAAAAUGAACAACUUGAGCUAAUUAUCCAUGUAUCAUUACCAUUUAAAAAAAAAAAAUGAAAUAGUCACAAUGGAAAAGUCAACUUUCUAUCUAUAUCUAGGAAAUAUAGUAUAAUCCAAAUUUACCAGUAAUAUAAAUUAUUUUUAUAUUUAUCCAUAUUUUCACCAAAUUUUAUAUCUAUCGCUAAUUUCAGAACACAUCUAAUGAUUCUUAUCCCCUUGUCGCUACUAUCCAAAACAUCAAUCUAAAGAAAUUUGCUUUAAUAGCUAAAUAGAGAAAGGGUUAAUUCUUUAUUUCUGUUCAUAAUUUUCAUUUCAACAAUGAUUUUUAAAGAAAAUGGAAUUAUUAUGUGUCUGUACCUAUUUAAAACUUUAUCUCCUGCAAUAGAUCUACUUUUUGUUUUCAUAUUUACUAACCAAUGGUAAUUUUUACCAUUAAGCUUUUGAGUUAUUAUCUUUUUAGUUUGUUUAUCAAAAGUCUUUAGUAAAAUGUUUUAGCAAAAACAUGAAAUGCAGUAAUAAUAAUAAAAACUAUAUCAUUUUGAAAGUGCUUGUAAAUAUUAUCACCACAGUGUCUAGUUUUGUGUAUUUUUUUUUUUUUUUUUUUUUUGCUUUUUACUGACUGUCAUUUUUCCCUGCCUUUGUUAUCAUGACCAAAAGUUAAUGUUGCAGUUAGAUAUUAACAAUUAUAACUGCCAAAAGUUAACCAAGCUUCUAAAUAUCUCAACCCCAAAUUGUACUGACCAAAAAACAUUUGAAAUUGCUGACAUCCCAUUUUUAAAUGAAAUUUAAAAUGGUAAAGCUUAUUUUAACUAUUAAUCUGAAUGUUGUCCAGAAAUUACUUCUCUGGCUAUGUCAAGAUGAACUUCUGAAUUUUAUUGAUCCUAAGUAGUCAACUCAAUUACAAACAACUUGAUUCCAUUGCUUUUGGUGUUUUGGCACAAGAUGGGACAAAGUUGUUUUUUUUUUAAAUAGUUUUUAAUAGCCACAUAAUCUAUAGGCUAGAUCUGUCUCAAGACAAGAAUUAUUUUCAUAUUCAUGUGUAAAUAUAACUUAAGAAUAUAGAAUCUGCUUUGUUCAUAGAACAUACUUAGCUUUGUUACCCUUUCAUUGCAAAUGUGUAGAUCUUCAAAAACCGCACGACCAGGCAGCCAUCCUAGAUCUAGUAACUAGUAAUACUAAAACUUAAAUACUAGAGUAAAGACAGACACAGAGUCUUACUUAAUUAAUUAGAUCUAGAUUCUAGUUACUAGAGCUAGAUAUAUAGAUCUAGGAUUCUAGGUGAACUAGAGUCUAGGUCUAGACUCUUAUGAGUAUCAGGGUGCUUUUGAAGUUGUACAUUGUAUUUAAAGUCAAGGCACAUCAGUUAAAGUACUGUUAGCAUUAUAUUAUAUAGAGGCAAUGUACAAUUCAAGUAUCAAUACAGUUUGUAAAGUAAUAUUUUACAUUGCUGAAGAUGUGUACAUUAUUUUACUAUAGUAUUUUACCAUAUGUUUUGGUUUGAUUUGCUUGCAAUUUUUGUAUGGUUCUUCAACAUAAUUGUUUUUUUUUUUCCUAAAAUAAAUCUAUUUAAAAAAAACACAACAUUUAUUAUGGUUUUCAUUAAGUAAAAAAGUCAUAAAAAUGUUUACAGGUAAAUUAAAAGCAUUCAGGACUAAUUUUUUAAAAGUAACUGUGUCUAAGUAGACUAUAAUUGUACGUUUAACUUAAGAGGGAUCAAAUUGUGAAAAAUAAAAUGACUGGUGGCUCUUAUAUUUUUGUUUGCCAAGAAGUUUUAGUGAUCACCUUAUGAUUAGACUAGUUACAUCGGAACUGUUCAACCAUUUUGUUGCAAAGAAAAUGUUGUACCGUAUGGUAACAACCAAUAAACAAUAGUGACAC